AUGGCUGUGGUUGAUGCUCACCGAUUCGCAGAGUCAAUCACUUGCCAUGCUUGGAGUCCUGAUCACUCCAUGGUUGCACUUUGUCCCAACAAUAAUGAAGUUCAUAUCUAUAAAUCGUCACAAGACCAGUGGGAGAGGUUACAUGUUCUCGAAAAGCAUGACCAAAUUGUUUCUGGAAUAGAUUGGAGCUCAAAGUCAAACAAAAUCGUCACUGUUUCACAUGACAGGAACUCGUACGUCUGGAACCUGGAAGGAGGUGAAUGGGUACCAACUCUUGUUAUUCUUAGACUAAAUCGUGCUGCACUUUGUGUCCAGUGGAGUCCAAAAGAAAACAAGUUUGCUGUUGGAAGCGGUGCUAAAACUGUUUGUAUAUGCUAUUAUGAGCAAGAGAAUAACUGGUGGGUCAGUAAACUUAUCAGGAAACGGCAUGAAUCUUCAGUCACAAAUGUUGCUUGGCAUCCUAAUAAUAUUCUUCUGGCAACGACAUCAACAGAUGGAAAGUGUCGAGUUUUUUCAACAUUCAUCAAAGGGGUUGAUACAAAGGAUCCAAAAGCAGGAUCACCAGCGGAAUCUAAAUUUGGGGAGCAAAUUCUUCAGCUUGAUCUUUCAUAUUCUUGGGCAUUUGGUGUGAAAUGGUCUCCAAGUGGAAACACCUUAGCUUAUGUAGGUCAUAGCUCCAUGAUUUACUUUGUUGAUGAUGUUGGUCCUUCUCCUCUAGCCCAAAGCGUUGCAUUCCGAGAUUUGCCUCUUCGUGAUGUCCUCUUUAUUUCUGAGAAAAUGGUGAUAGGCGUUGGAUAUGACAGCAACCCGAUGGUAUUUGCUGCGGAUGAUACUGGAAUAUGGAGCUUUAUCAGAUACAUUGGAGAGAAGAAAGCGGCAUCCUCAGGUUCCAGUUAUAGUUCGCAGUUUUCAGAAGCAUUUGGGAAAUUCUACGGUCAAUCGAAGUCUGCAACGGCCAAUGAUGCUUCUGAGUCCUCUAAAUCACGCGGAGGCGUUCAUGAUAACUGCAUAAAUUCCAUUGUACCUCUGAACAAAGCAGGAAGUCUUAAAGUAAUGAGAUUCAGCACUUCAGGAUUGGAUGGCAAAAUAGCCAUAUGGAAUCUAGAGAACAUGGAAGAAGAACUUGGCCAACAGUUUUAA